GGAGACCGACGUCCUACCUAACAGCUGUAGUCUUUUGACGAACACCUCACUCCUGUCUCCGGCAUUAAAGGGGAAACCGAAGCCCGAGUGGGCUCGGCUAUCUCCUGCAGCUCGCGUGGCUACUGCAGCGGUGGCAGGUAGAAAGAUUGUUGCAUCGACUCACUGAAGCACUAAGCCUCUCUCUUUUAAACUUCAUCAACAAAUGAAGCAAUGAUAUCUGAGAACAGAAGAACAUUUGCCAACUAACUGUCAUCACAAUUUCAAGUGAUUGUAAAAGCAAAAACAAGCUGCAACAGACCUUGUAUAGUAGAGAGAGAAUGGUUUAUUUAAAAGCAAUUUUAGUAUAGUGCUUUAUAUCUAUAUCAAAUGAAAUAAAAAUGAGUGAAGCCCCCAGGUUCUUUGUUGGGCCUGAAGAUACAGAAAUAAAUUCAGGAAAUUAUCGACAUUUCUUCCACCAUGCAGAUGAAGAUGAGGAGGAAGAGGAUGAGUCUCCACCGGAAAGACAGAUUGUGGUUGGAAUAUGUUCCAUGGCAAAGAAAUCCAAAUCCAAACCAAUGAAGGAAAUUCUUGAACGGAUCUCCUUAUUUAAAUAUAUCACAGUAGUAGUAUUUGAAGAAGAUGUUAUUUUGAAUGAACCAGUAGAAAACUGGCCUUUAUGUGAUUGUCUUAUUUCUUUCCAUUCUAAAGGAUUUCCACUGGACAAAGCAGUUGCCUAUGCAAAACUCAGGAAUCCAUUUGUAAUCAAUGACUUGAAUAUGCAGUAUCUCAUACAAGAUAGGAGAGAAGUAUACAGUAUUCUUCAGGCUGAAGGUAUUUUACUUCCACGUUACGCAAUUUUGAACCGUGACCCAAAUAAUCCCAAAGAGUGCAAUCUGAUUGAAGGUGAAGAUCAUGUAGAAGUAAAUGGUGAAGUUUUUCAAAAGCCAUUUGUAGAAAAGCCAGUCAGUGCAGAGGAUCAUAAUGUUUACAUUUACUACCCAACAUCUGCUGGUGGUGGAAGUCAAAGACUUUUUCGGAAGAUUGGCAGUAGAAGUAGUGUUUAUUCCCCAGAAAGCAAUGUACGAAAAACAGGCUCAUAUAUAUAUGAAGAGUUUAUGCCCACAGAUGGUACUGAUGUAAAGGUUUAUACAGUGGGUCCAGAUUAUGCUCAUGCUGAGGCUCGAAAAUCUCCAGCCCUCGAUGGCAAGGUGGAACGAGAUAGUGAGGGAAAAGAAGUUAGAUACCCUGUUAUUCUGAAUGCACGCGAGAAAUUAAUUGCUUGGAAAGUCUGCCUUGCUUUUAAGCAAACAGUUUGUGGUUUUGAUUUGUUACGGGCCAAUGGACAGUCCUAUGUCUGUGAUGUCAAUGGCUUCAGUUUUGUGAAAAAUUCCAUGAAGUAUUAUGAUGAUUGUGCAAAAAUACUUGGCAAUAUUGUAAUGCGAGAGCUUGCUCCACAAUUUCAUAUCCCCUGGUCAAUACCCUUAGAAGCUGAAGAUAUUCCAAUUGUACCAACUACAUCUGGAACUAUGAUGGAACUCAGAUGUGUCAUAGCUGUAAUACGUCAUGGGGAUCGAACACCAAAACAAAAAAUGAAAAUGGAAGUGAGGCAUCAAAAAUUUUUCGAUCUUUUUGAAAAGUGUGAUGGAUAUAAAUCUGGGAAAUUAAAACUCAAAAAGCCAAAACAAUUACAGGAAGUGCUGGACAUUGCCCGACAACUUCUUAUGGAGCUGGGGCAAAAUAAUGAUUCUGAAAUUGAAGAAAACAAGUCAAAACUUGAACAACUUAAGACCGUAUUAGAAAUGUAUGGCCAUUUUUCUGGAAUAAAUCGUAAAGUCCAACUAACUUAUCUCCCUCAUGGUUGUCCUAAAACAUCUAGUGAAGAGGAAGACAGCCGAAGAGAAGAACCAUCCUUACUUUUGGUUCUAAAAUGGGGAGGAGAACUAACUCCUGCAGGCAGGGUCCAGGCCGAAGAACUUGGAAGAGCUUUCAGGUGUAUGUAUCCUGGAGGUCAAGGAGAUUAUGCAGGAUUUCCUGGUUGUGGUUUACUUAGAUUACAUAGUACCUACCGACAUGACCUCAAAAUAUAUGCCUCUGAUGAAGGACGAGUCCAGAUGACUGCAGCUGCUUUUGCAAAGGGGCUCUUAGCCCUAGAAGGAGAGCUUACACCCAUUCUUGUUCAGAUGGUAAAAAGUGCGAAUAUGAAUGGUCUUUUGGAUAGUGAUAGUGACUCUUUGAGCAGUUGCCAGCAACGUGUGAAAGCAAGACUUCAUGAAAUACUUCAGAAAGAUAGAGAUUUUACGGCUGAAGAUUAUGAAAAGCUUACUCCAUCUGGGAGCAUUUCUCUUAUCAAAUCAAUGCAUUUAAUUAAAAAUCCUGUGAAGACCUGUGACAAAGUUUAUUCUUUGAUACAAAGUUUGACUUCUCAGAUCAGACAUCGAAUGGAAGAUCCCAAAUCAUCAGAUAUUCAACUUUACCAUAGUGAAACAUUAGAGCUUAUGCUACGUAGAUGGUCCAAGUUGGAAAAAGACUUUAAAACAAAGAAUGGAAGAUACGACAUUAGUAAAAUCCCUGACAUAUAUGACUGUAUAAAAUAUGAUGUUCAGCAUAAUGGUUCCUUGAAAUUAGAAAAUACAAUGGAAUUAUACAGGCUUUCAAAGGCAUUAGCAGAUAUUGUUAUCCCUCAGGAAUAUGGUAUAACUAAAGCUGAAAAACUGGAGAUCGCCAAAGGCUACUGUACUCCUCUAGUUAGAAAAAUUCGCUCAGACCUUCAGAGGACACAAGAUGAUGACACUGUAAAUAAACUCCACCCUGUGUAUUCCAGAGGUGUUCUGUCUCCUGAACGUCAUGUCCGUACCAGGUUAUAUUUUACCAGUGAAAGUCAUGUACAUUCUUUACUAUCUAUUCUUCGCUAUGGUGCCUUAUGCAAUGAAUCGAAGGAUGAACAGUGGAAACGGGCUAUGGAUUACUUAAAUGUUGUCAAUGAACUCAAUUAUAUGACUCAGAUUGUUAUCAUGCUUUAUGAGGAUCCUAACAAGGAUCUUUCCUCAGAGGAACGGUUUCAUGUUGAAUUACAUUUUAGUCCUGGAGCUAAAGGAUGCGAAGAAGACAAAAAUUUACCAUCAGGCUAUGGAUAUAGACCAGCUUCAAGAGAGAAUGAAGGCAGGAGAUCUUUUAAAAUUGAUAAUGAUGAGGAACCACAUACUUCUAAAAAAGAUGAGGUUGAUCGUGCUGUGAUACUGUUCAAACCAAUGGUAUCAGAGCCAAUUCAUAUACACAGGAAGUCUCCACUUCCAAGAUCUAGGAAGAUGGCUACAAAUGAAGAAGAGAGCCCCCUGAGUGUGUCUAGCCCAGAGGGUACUGGUACCUGGCUGCAUUAUACCAGUGGUGUGGGUACUGGGCGUCGAAGACGCAGAUCAGGGGAACAAAUCACUUCUUCCCCUGUCUCCCCCAAAUCAUUGGCUUUCACAUCCAGUAUUUUUGGCUCAUGGCAACAGGUUGUAUCUGAAAAUGCUAAUUAUCUGCGAACACCAAGAACUCUUGUGGAACAGAAGCAGAACCCUACUGUAGGGUCUCACUGUGCGGGCCUGUUUAGCACCUCGGUGCUCGGGGGUUCUUCAAGCGCACCUAACCUACAGGAUUAUGCUCGUACUCAUCGUAAAAAGCUGACUUCUUCUGGCUGCAUAGAUGACGCCACACGCGGUUCUGCUGUUAAAAGGUUUUCUAUCUCAUUUGCUCGACACCCAACCAAUGCUUUCUUACACAGAGCUUGUUCUUCUGGGUCAAGAGGGAAUAUUUACUGACCACUUGUAAAUAAUUGAGGAUAGAAGAAUUUAAAAGAAAACAUACCCGUUUUUGCUUUUAUUCGGAAUGAAGGUACUUUUAUCCCCUGGAAUUUUUUUUUUCCUUUUAACUGCAAAUACACCUUUCAAAAAUUCAAGUCAAGUCUUUCAAAAACUUAGAUGAAACUGAAGGAUUAAACACAAGUUUAUAGCCAUUCUCCCCCUUCUAGAUCCUAUACAAGUGCACUAAAUACUUCUGGAGGUGGAGUAAGAAGAUCUCAUCCUCAACAAGAAACUUUACCCUUAAAGCUUAUGUGCUUUUCCUCCUUUGUAGCUCUUUAAAUGCUACUUUCUGAAGAAAAAGAUCCUAAUUUGAUACAGCUGCAGCUUCUAAAGAACUUCUUAGAAGAAAAACCAAAGUCACAAGAAAAACAAGUCACAAAAUUCUAAGAAGAGACAUUGCAGGUUUAAGACUGACUAUAGUUUUUGUGCAGAAUGCUUAUGUAUUUACAGCCAGUAUGGAAAGUUUUACAUAGGAGAAAUCUGUGUUUACUGAAGCUUUAAAAAAAAAAAAAAAGUUUAACAUAAAAUAGAGUAACUUUAUAUUCCUUUGGCUAAAGCUUUUUUAAAAAUGUGGAUUUUCCACACAUGUGACUUAAUGCGUUUAAAAUGCAUUUCUUUCAAUUCUAGAAAUGUUUCUUUGGGGUUUUCAAGAUUUUUUUUCUUUUUUAUACUGUGUUGUCUUAUCUGUCCUAUGAAUUGUCAUUUGACUCUUUCACUUUUUAUUUCCCCCUAACUUUCAUGUUAUUUCCAUCUUAAUACAUAUCAUGGACUUACCCCCUCCCUUCAUCUUUAGUUCAAGGAACAUGGUGAAACAAGUAUCUUCUGACAGUGCUUUACCUUAUUUUCUGGGCCUCUGUGCAGAACACCUACACCUCUAUAGGUGCUGGUCCGUUUCCUCUGUGGAAUGUCUAGGCUCCAGUGGUAUGUUUUUAUAGCUUCUAAACAUGACAGCAGGGUGGCUUUUUAAAUUGCUGCGCUAACCCUUUCAUUGUGCAUUAAAUACAAAGUUUACUAAAGAUAAAUGGGGAGAAAAUGCAGUCCUGAGGAACCUGAUUAUAUUAUUAUUUGCCUGUUAUAAAAUCUAACAGGCAAAUGCAAGGAAAUAGCUGUUACAGAAUACUUAGCAAUAUUCUGAUGAAAGGAUAAAAAACAUAACAUUGCUAAGUUCAGUGUAAUGCAAAGAAAGGGUUUGCGCUUAUUUGCAUGAGUCUUAUACUUUAAAAAAAUGUAUUACUUGUGCAAGCCCAAUUCUUUUAGUGCUUUAUUUAGGUGCUUUAGCUGCUGUUAUGGUAUAGUUUCUGUUUUCUUUUGUUCUUUAAGCAUAUGUAACAUUCCGUCAUGCUUUGGUUUGCACCUGAAAAUCAAACAUACCAAUUUUGUAAAUCCUUUGGUUAUUUUCAUAGAAAGAUUAGAUUCCCUUUUAACCAGUUUCUCUAUUCCAGCCAAGAAUUAGUCAGAUCUUGGGUCACUGUUUCCUCCUGAAAUUAAGUAAAUAUCAGUCAGUGUUAAAAUGAGCACAUGCCUAUUGAAGCAGAAAAUUUUGUAGUCUGUUUGAGUUUAAUUAAUUUUUACUUUUUAUUUAAUAACAUUAGCCUUUAUAUAAAAUCUUAAUCUAAGUAUUAAAAGUAUUUCCUUUGGAGGGAAAUUAGUUUGAAUGUUAGAAAGAAGAGGUGCAGGAAGACUUACUACUUUAAUUGUUUAUGAGAGCAAUUUUAAAAGCCAUUCAGUUGAAUAAAAUUUAAAUCAACAGGCAAUUUUUAUAAAAAGCGAAUAACCUAUAUCUUGUUUUUUAAAAAAGUGUAUAUUGUAAGCAGUUUUGUUUCACUGAUGGUAUUAAUAUAUAUGUGCAUGAUUUGUUUCAUGAAAUUUUUCUAUUUCUGUGCCAUUGUUGAAUGCAAACAUGUCUGUAUUUUGUAUUGCUUUUUACUUGGCCUAACGGUACUCAGCUAGCAAUUUCCAACAAUAGAAUAUUUGAGUUAUUUCAAUAAAGGUAGGUAAAAUGUGUUUUGGAAUUUGAUUUUCAGCAUAAAUGAAUGAGUGUGGUUUUCAGGUCACACUAGAGAGUAUUGUUGGCCUUGGUAUUACUAGAAAAGUUACUUAAAAUCACUCCUCAAGUAAUUACAAUGUAAUCAUUUUUCAACAAGAAGUUAAUUUUAACAUCCUAGCAUCAGAGGCACAUCAUGGCAUCAACUUACUCACCUGUCAAAUAGACCUGAUUUUUAUAAAGUACAAACUUAAUGUAAUUUUUCUGUCCCUCCCCCCAGUUUUUUUUUCUUUAAAUAUCAUUCUUAGAUUUUACUAAAGUGUAGAAUGAAAUUGUGUGCAUGCAGUACUAUGUGAAUACAUUUAAAAUGAAAUCUUUGUCACAUCUUGUUCCAGUCCCAUAUUGCAUAGCAUCUGGUGUCAUGACUUCAGAGAUCUCAUGUGAUUGCAUGUGAUAGAUUGGAAAGACCUAACCUGUACAGUUCUAAGCAAUGGUCUUCUUCCUUCUUAAUUAUUUUUUAAAUAUCCAAUUUUUUUUUCAUUUCUUU